UGUUGUAUCAAAAGAGCCGCUCGGAGGCGCGGGGCUGGCGGCUUCUUUUACUUCUGGCUGCCUGUCGGCGCUGCGCUCAUUUGCUCCCCUUUCACUUUUUCCUUGACGGCUCAGCGCCCUCGAGGCAAGUAGGGGGGGCAGCUUCUGCGCUCAGGCCGGGCUCCCCUCCCGGCAGCAGCCCCUCUUUUGGCGGAGAAGCGGGAUCCUCGACAGGCGCCUCAGAUCCGGGCGAAGGAGCGCGCCUCUUGCCCGGGAUUCCCAGCCGUCGGCCCGUUUGCGCGCCACAGGUUGCUCUCCUCCGUCAGGGGCCACCGCUGCAGCUGCCGCAUGAGGUUCGCUGGGCGUCGGGCACAUCUCCGGGGAAGCUGCGCCGUUCUCUCGCUCCGUCGCCGGUGCUCGCAGCAGCCCCGUCUCCCUGCCGCCGGGGCCAUGAACUCCACGCUGGGGAACCAGACGGAGCUGCUGGGGCUGUUGCUGGCCAACGGCACUGACUCUCUGGAGCGAGCGCUCCAGUCCUUCACGCCCAAAUCCGUGGUGACCGACGACGGCUUCGUGGUGACCGCGCCGGACGAGAGGAGCCUGUACAUCAUGCGAGUGGUGCAGAUCGCCGUCAUGUGCGUCCUGUCGCUCACCGUCGUCUUCGGCAUUUUCUUCCUCGGCUGCAACCUGCUCAUCAAAUCCGAAGGCAUGAUCAACUUUCUGGUGAAGGAACGCAGGCCGUCCAAGGAGGUGGAGGCGGUGGCCGUGGGCCCCUACUGACCCCGGCGCCGCCCACCAGCCCGCUUGGCCUCUCCAGCCGCGGACCGGACUCACGAGGGACCUUUGGCUGCGCGUUGUGGCUGCUGCUGCUGCUGCCUUUCCCGAAAGGCGAUGCCGGCCGGUGGAAGCCAUUCCUGGGAGGCGGGAAACAAACGACCCUUCCCCCCCCCCCGCUCCCCCGACGGGACCAUAGUAGCAGGACUCUAUCCGAAGCCAAGUGCCGUGACUUUGGACUGGGCGUGGGAGAGGGUUUUACAGUAACUUCCCUCGAUCUCCGGACAGGUGGGGAAGAGCUCCGACCUCGACCUGCUGUGGGGGGGUGGGGGACAGUGGUGGUCCGGCGGUGGGAACGGGGGUAAAGUGGAAAAGGGACAGAGAUGGGGGAAGCUCUUGAAUGUCAUUGGAUGUUCUGUAUAUAACACUGUAAAUGCCACCAGCUAAACAUUUCCAGCUUUGAUGCUUUGUUUUA